ACUUAGAAUUUCACCGGCAGUAUCCUUCCACCUGUUGCCCUGAGAAGAACACAAAGGAGACGCGAGUGAUCACACACUCGGCCCUGGUCGAGCUGUUUCCGUGGAUAAAAUGCACUUUUAGCGACCUCAAUAGGAUACGCCGCCUCUAAAAGCCUGAAGAUGACGCGAUUUUGCUGGCUGCCGCUUCUUAUUCUAGCUGCAGGCUGCUGCGUGGCGCAAGAUCAAUGGAGACCAGUGGCUGACAGAAUUCCUAAGCCAUCAGUGCUGCGUCCCAGAUACUCAGUAUUGAGUCCAGAAGAGCUUGUGCAGCGGGCUUCUGCGGCUCGAGUGGUGCCCAACCCUGCGGACACCCUGAUUCCCCUAAUCCAACCUGUUCAAGUUAUCCAAAUCGAAGAGUAUCCAAGCACUUUUGUUGUGGCCGAACCCCUGCCAACCGUUUCAGCCGCACUUCCGUCAAAAGUACGUCAACCACCAGCACGGAAAGAGACCAGAUCAUAUCGCAAGUCAUAUUCUACAGGUCGUAGAGAGCAGCAAACCGCUGCUCAGAAGCCAAAGGAACAAAGUGCCAAUCUGAAGGAGCUACUCAAGCAGGCAGGAACGCUGAGCCUGAGUGAGAUCCUCCAGCAGAAAAACCUGUCCUUGGCUGACUUUUUGCAGGGGAAGAAAACGGCUCUGACAGCGUUGAAGGAGCAGCAGAGCUCGGAAAAUGAGGUGGUGACACAGAAGACAGCACCGACAGUUACUGAGGUUGUCAGGACAGAGUCAACCUCAACCUCUUCAACGGAGAGACCAACCACAUCCACACACUAUCCUGAGAUUGUGUACAGAGCACCCGAGGAAGAAGCCAAGCGCCCAAACAUCUACAAAGCGGCGCAUAGGACAUCAUAUCUCAAGCGAAGCACAACUACGCCACCUCCUACAUACCCUGAGGAGGAUGAAAGUGAACGACAUUGGCUCUCUGAAGAUGGUGAAAAGUCAGAUUCAAGGGAAGAUAUCUUGGAACUGUUGCAGCCUGGCAGUCCAGUCAGCUUGGCCGCUCUGCUGUCGUCCAGGAACAUGACUCUGGCAGAGCUGAUGGACCACAGAGAGCGUGGAUCUCAGCAGCAGUCCCUCACAGCGCUUUUUGCUGACCUAGCCAAAGGGGUGACUACCACCCGUUCGCCGAGGGUAGCUGAGAGUCCAAAGAGGAAGGGAAAGAUCAGUCGAGACCCCAGACUGCUCGACUUGCCAAGAAGGUUUACACUGCCACCUGAGGAGGUCGAAGAAGAGGAGCAGGAGGACCUGGCGAGGAACCACAACAAAGUCUCUGUUGACCACUACGACUAUGUGGAAGAUGAAGAGGAGGAAGAGGCGCCAGGACUGCCAACGGCUGUCAAAUCGGCCAUACUGGCGAGUGGAGGACUUUUAGGCGUAGCUUUGCUGCUAUUCGCCGCCAUAUUUGUAGGCUUCCGCACUUACCAGCGCAGGCAGAGAGGUUCUAGGACGCCGUUUAUAAUCAAUGGCAAACAUAUCCGAACAGUGAUCAAACCCGCUUCAAAUAAGGCAAUUGAAGACCCAAAUGACUUUUAGUUAAAAAGCCUGCAUAAUCAACAAUCCUCCCAAAAUCAACUAUUUUUAAGCCCAUUUUUCAUUCAUUGAUUAUCUUUUAAUGAUUUACAAUUAUUGCUUCAAAGUAAUCUAUAACGAAUUUUCUGCUCAAAUCAUUUUUCAGAACAUCAUUAGUUGGCUGUUGAUUUACAUGUGGAGGUUUUUGUUUCAGUUCAAAAUGCUUGAAGUGCUCAAAUGAAAUGAUGAAUGAAAAAUUGACAGAGCUGUAUGCUCCUUGGAACAAAAUAGGUAGACAGUGUAAUUUUGUAAAUAUUUCCAUAAUCGUUUACCACUGAUUGUGUAGUAUUAUUGUGAUAAGAUCGUAUGUUUAGCUGUAUCGAUAUUUAUUUUUGUAAAUUUUAAUUAAAUACUUUGCGUCUUUGAAAUUACUUAAUCAAACCUCAACCUCAUGUACACCCCAAAUAGAUAGUGGCAAAUAAUGGCCUUACCUGUACUGUUCGUAUGUGAAAACUUCCCUCAGAAGAUCACACGCUGGACCAGAUAUAUUCUACAAACACAGUUUAAAAAUAAAAAUAAAUAUUAAAAUGAAA